GGAGGAGUGGGAAAAAGUUGUAUGACAAGCAGCCAUUUCCAUUUGCUGCGCCCGUUCUGCUUCUAGCUGGAAAAACGAAUUUUAACUGGUAGCAUACUUUAAUCGGGCAUUUUAGUAAAAAAUAGUGUUGCCUACAACUUUCUCAAUAUCGUAUUUCAUUGUUUAAUUGUUCGUGGAAAAGGAUCGUUUGGAUUUUUCGUUUUAAAAACAGCUGGCUGAAGUGAAGUUUUGUUGUUAGUCAAAAAUUGUCAAUAUUUUAGUGUAUCCUCUUAAAGUGAAAACCAACACUCGAUUCGUGCUCGUGAUUCGAUUGCCAGUAGAUAACUGUUGAAUCAAUAAAAACUAAAAAACGAGUCAGACAUGGCCGAGUUUAACUACUUCGAGUCUCGCUGGCUAAUUUUCGCACUAGCACUCUGCUUGGGCAAGGUUACCCCGCAAGGUUGGGACGGUUUUCCGGUGCAGCACUCGAUUGCCAAGCGAAUGGAUCUCGAGACCUGUCUAGCGCAUUUUGAUGUCCACUUGAACACGAUCAUCCGCACCGAGGAAUCACGCUCCAUGGGCGCAAAGUUCCUGGACGAUGCCGACGUCAGUUCGAGGGAGCAAUGCCUGAGGCUGUGCUGCGAGACGGUAAACUGCGACGUGUUUGUGUUCGAGGAGAAGAACCAGGGCACCUGUUUUCUGUUCCAGUGCGGACCCCCAACAGAUUUCCAUUGUAAAUUCACUCGGCAUUCUAACUAUACAAGCGCUGUGCUAAAAAUUCCCACUGUAGAGCAGCCGCCCCCUCCAUUGGUGAAUCAAAUUCACUCCCUGACGGCCCCGCCUGCUCCGGUGGCCAAGCUUUCCCAGCAUGAGCUGGAAUUGGUUAAUUUGAAGGCGCCGAAGUCACCCACAAAGAGCGAUGGAACGACAACCACUUUGAUCCCACCGCUUGGCGUUCAACUGGGUCAACUGCCGACCACAACCACAACGAAGACCACCACACCGUCCCAGUGCGGUCACUACGAAUUCCCUUGCCAUUCUGGGGAAUGCAUUGCCGUUUACAAUGCUUGCGAUGGAAUUCCACAGUGUACCGAUGGCAGUGACGAAGGUCCAGAAUGUCGGCGCCCUCCUCCGAUUAAAGCUUUUCAACCGGUAACUAAUCAACAACAGCAGCAACCUCAACAGCAACCGAUGCAGCCAUUAUUGAAUCCAAUUCCGUUGGCCAACUCACCGAUGUUCCCGUCUGAGUAUCAGCAACAGCAACAACAACAGUUUCGGGGAGGUCAGCAACCGGACCAGCAAAAAAUCCUUCAUCAGAUGUCACAUAAUCGAGAAGAUCCGAUGACGGCACCAAAGCCAUGGCCCAGACCAUUGGCGGAUACACAACCAAGUGGUUACUUGGAUGCUCCCGACAGUCGCAUAUUCAACCACAAGAGUGGCCUGCAGCUAGCAGCGAACCAGAUGGCUCCUUCCCAGUACCAGGACCCACUACCCGAUACAAGCUACGUCCCGAACAUCCCCCGUAAUGGUCCUUAUCUACCCCUGCAGACCGGCUACCAAUCCGGCGCACAGCAAUGGACAGAUCCACGUCUGACCGCUCCCCAGAGACCGCUGUGGCCUAACCAACCACAGCUACCUCAGGAGCAAUACGUUCAACCUCCACCUCAACAUCAACCGGAUCCAAUCCAGCCUCCAGCUAUGCAGCCUGCAGCCCAAAUAACUCCCCCUCAGAACCCACAGCAGCAAACCCCGGUAGCACCCGCCGUGGGCAACCCCGUCCCCCAAGUAGACCUGACCAAACAGCCCAGCCCGGUUGACACUCAACCAAAAAAAUCAUCCGGACCCCGCGGUAAGUCACCCAAAUCUUCCGAGGAGUACGAAUCGUACGACGAUCAGUACCAGGAGAGUAAGACCUCCGGCGAGGAACCGGAGAGCGAGGACAAGCCGGAUCCUCCGCAGAAGAAAAAGCAACACAAGCAUCACAAGCAGCACAGUGAAGAACACAAGAAGAAGAACAAAUCCAAGUCGUCCACCAAGAAGGACAAGGCCAUCGGAGCCGAAGAGCAUCCGCCCGCUCCGGUGCAUGAACAUCUGAAAAUGCUCCGGAACGAUUUGGAAAUUGAGUUCGCCGAUCAUGACGGCCUGGCGGAGAGACCUGGUGGGGCGGUUCUUUCCUUGACCUUAGGUGCCAUUCUCACCGCUGCCCUGGCCAUUAUGAUCGGCUGCCGCAUGAAGGUGGCGCGGCGAAGAAUCAGACGGCAGGGUAAAUCCUCGUAUGCGCAUGAUGCCGAUUUCCUCGUGAAUGGAAUGUAUCUGUAAUCCUGUAAUCUGCGUGCUAAUUAGACAAAAGGGAUGGAUUUAUUUUUUGAUUUUGUUUUUUGUGGUUCAAUUUUUUUCAGUAGAACUUUACCUAUAAUCAAAAAGGUGCAUUCUACCGCUUCACAUCACAUUUCAUUAGAGGGUAAGAUCUUAUGCCUUAUUUUCGCCCAGCCAUAGUUUGAUAUAUAUAGUAAAUAAAUGAGUAGAAAGUGAA